AUUGAUUAAUUAAACUUCAAAAGCAAAUGUAUACAACUUUGUGGGAAACACGUGCACUGUAGCAACCCAACAAUAAUUUAUUAUUCAUUUUGUGGUUCGCAGAUCAAAAUAUUCCCAUGCUGAACGAUUGAUUGGUUAUCAGUCUGUGUAAAAAAAAUGAAAAUGUGGACUUAUUAUUGUUUGAAUUGUUUGGAUGUUAAUGUAAUUAAGAAGAGUUAUCACAAUCAACUGAAAGCGAUGAAGAAGAAAGUUAGCACAGUGUCGAAGCCACUUCCGGCUUGGCUUCGUUUCUACGUUUAUGGGAUGCAAGGAUUUCUGGAUGAAAUUGUUUUCACUGCAAUAUUUGACCUACUGUUCGAGCCUCAGGGGAACUCUCAGCUAAAGGGCUACAGCACGUUGUUCUCAUUUCUUAUCUAUGGAAGUUGUAGUUUCGUUGUGGAGAGAUUAUAUGUGUACAUAUAUCUACAACACGGUGUACAGUGGUACUUUAGACUUCCGAUUUAUCUAUGCAUACUAUACACAUGGGAAUUCAUGUUCGGGCUUGUUCUAAGACAAUUUGACGCUUGCUCUUGGGAUUACAGUCAUUAUCCCCUAAACUUAAUGGGUCUAAUAACGCUAGUUUAUGCCCCGGCCUGGUUAGUUUUGUGCGUUUAUCAAGAUUUUCUGGCGGAUUUUCUCCUCUCUCUAAGAAUCACAACAGAAGUGCACCAGGAUGUGGUUGAGAAUAAAAACGAUUAACGGCGGGAGUAGAAUAGAAUAGUUAUAACAAUUAAUAAUGAAAUAAAGAUGAUGCUAUGUAGUCUGAAAUAGUUUGAGGCAAUAUCAAGAACAUAAAUAUUCUUCAUCCAGAUAUGUAUGGAGGCUGACUUUCGCAAUGUCGUAUUUUUACUUUUUUCGCCACUAAAAUGAGAAAA